AUGAAGUCGUCUUUCGCUCUCGUUGUCCUAUCACUAUUUGCCUCGUCAGGCCUUUCUGCCUCUGUAGACACGUGGUCUUCUCCUCUCUCAGAAAGAGGCGCACCCAAGUUUGAACCUAUCGACCCCAAGGUCAUCAAGUCACGUCUUGGUACUACACCCCAGGAGAACAGUGACGGGGGUCGAAAGCCCGGAUCAGUUUACUUCUGCCGUGGUGAGAAUUGGGGUCCUCCAUGCUUCGAGUACCAGCCAGAGCUUAAGUACACAUGUACUGAGCUGAAUGGCAAGCUUCAGAAACAUGUUGGUUCUGUUUUUGCUGAGCCUGAGAUUAUUUGUCGUCUGGCUACAUUCAAGAACAGAUGUGUCCCUCUCAAUAUCUUUGCCUGGCCGGAGAUCGAAAAGGGUUCAUCCAAGCUUCUCCAUGAGAAGUCACCUUCAAGAUCUGAUAGUCUCGGAUCUUUAGCUACUCAUUUCACGUGCGCCAAAUGCACUAACUGUGUCCGAGAUCCUAAGUGA